GACAUGAGGCUAUUCUGAUGUAGCACAGGCUUGCCACUAGCAUGGAUCACACUGUUUCUCUAGCUAAAUAUCUAUGCGUUUCCCUCGUAUUUUGCAUGCAGAUUUUGAGUUUGUUUGGAGAUUCAGAUGUGGGAGUUCGAAGAGGUGGAAGGCUUCACUGGGUGGGUACUCAUCACUUAGCACGUCAAGGAGUUCAGCCCUCCAUUGAGCCUUCAGACAGGCAGAAUGACUCCCCUUUUCCUGGAGGGGUCAUGGAUCGCAUUGAUGGCGACCGGAUUCUCCAAGGCUUUGGAGGGUUUGGAGGAUUUCCAAGGCAGAAAUUUGUGAACAGAGACCGUAGAGUGCGCUUUGGUCAGUUCAACUCAGACACACAUGGCUGUAAUGAUAUCCAAACCAGGAGCUGCAGAGUCCAUUCUAACUGUACAGGCUGCUUGGGUCUGUACACUUGUAACGUGGACCUUGGAAAGUGCCAACUGAAGGGACUGUCUCGUAGGACAGAUGGUUUCUCCCAGUCUCUGAGAGAUGCUUGGUAGAGAAGACCACCAAAUCAAUGAUGUCAGUGUCCUAGAAAUGUUGUUAGUUCUUAAGACAUGUGGCUAUACUUUCCCUUACUUGAAAUAAAAAAAAAAUGGCAAUUGUACAUGUAAAAUCUUAAACCAUUACUGCAUUACUGAAGAAACAUUAUGUUUGUGUUUGUUCUGAUAAUUUGACAAAAAGACACUUCCUCAUGGGCACAUUCUUCUUGAAACUAAAUAUAUUUGCUCCUGGCUAAAACGUGGUAUCAGCACAUUAAACUCACUUCUCUCUCUGCAAAAAAGGAAAGUAAAUACACACAAAGAUGCCAAACAGACACUGUCUAUACUUGCACCCUUGUAAGAUCUGGAUAAGAGCGUCUGCUAAAUGACGAAAUGUAAAUGUAAGAGCGAAAAUGAAAACCAAGGCCUUUUUUCCCAUUGUGUGGCAAAAGAGGAACCAGUCAUUGGGCAAUUCAGGCAUAUAUACAACAGGACUUUAUAGAAACCACACACUUCAAACAUCCACAAUACCAACCUGUUUAAACCUCUGCAGGAAAAUCUACCAAAGCGAACAGCAUGUCUUCUCUUAUUUGGAAAACUGUCUUCACAUUGCUUCUGUUUGGCCACUACACGGCCACAGGAAGAGAGACUGGAUUUGAGAUGUGUGUCACGUCAAGAAAAGGAAUAAAAGACCUCUCAAAUCAAAACCUUACCAAGAUUCCUUCAAAUUUACCAAAAAACAUUGAAUAUUUAGAUGUCUCUGGUAACAAAAUAUUACACAUUGAUGGAGCUCCAUUUGUUGGAUUAUCUCACCUUUGUUUACUGAAGGCAACUUUCUGUGGUCUCAAACUAAUAGCUCCAAAUGCAUUUGACCACACACCUGGGAUCAAGGUCCUGAACAUUUCACACAACUCUUUGUCAGUCAUUCCCGAUCUGUCUUUGCCCCAACUCAACAUCCUCGAUUUGACGAGGAACAUCUAUGAAAGCUGCCAACUACCAAUCACCUUUCAAAACCUAACAAACUUGUUCUUCCUUGCCUUAGGGAGCAAUAAUGCUAUUUCUGUGAAUAUCGACGACUUUGAUUGGCUGAGAAACAAAUCGUUGAAACAUCUCACUUUGGAAACAGGAAACAAGUGGCAGGGAUAUGACUCUGGCUCUCUUGCAAGGCUCAAGUCACUUGAGGAAAUUACCUUAACUGUUUCUUAUUGUGAACAGGGUGACAUUUACAAGAGCAUACUCGUAGAUUUGAAUGAAACACAAACAGCUAGACUAACAAUUGUCCGGUUACUUUCUCAACAUUGCAAUGUCUCUGGUGAUCCAUUUGAAAACUUUAAAACAAUGAGAUUCAUAAGAAAUCUCACAAUUGUCGACACUUGGAUUGAUAGCUCAGUUAUGGUUAAAUUGAUGAAUAACGUGAUUCUAUCAAAGCUGCAGCAGGUGGCAUUUGUCAAUAUCACUUAUAAUGAAGACACACCAGAUGGCUUUCAGUUACCUUCAAUAAACCACACGAGGAACUUGCAAUCACUCAUUUUCAACGGUGUGCACCAUUAUCAAUACAGAUACCCAAUAAUAAAUGUGAGUUUAGACAAUCUCUCGAACUUGUUGUACUUAAAGUUCUCUGGCACUGGAAUGAACAUUUCACCAUGUAACCUCAUAUCUGAUCUCCCUUUACUGGAAACACUGGAUGUUUCGGACAAUCUCUUAGAUGAUACAGGGUUUUGGUGGCCUUCUUGUUCUUAUACAUCGGUCUUUCCCAAACUGACACACUUGUCUCUGAGCCACAAUCGUUUCGAAAAUCUAGCCUUCAUUUCAGCUAAAACCCGCCAGAUGAAAGCCCUUCAAUCUCUUGACCUCAGCUUCAACUCCAUCCAGAUCCACGAUAAGUGCAGAUGGCCUGCUCACCUGACUCGGUUGAGUCUCAGGCACAACAACCUGGGCAAUGAUGUUUUCAAAUACCUGUCUCCGCACUUGGAGUGGAUUGACCUGUCAAAGACAGGCAUCACGAUCAUAACCAGGGAGGCCCUCCUGCCAUUCCCUAGACUGACACACCUCCUGCUGAGCUACAACAGUAUCAAGGUCCUCCCUGUGAACAUCCAUGCUCCAAAACUGCUCACUCUACAUGUGGAUGAAAACGCCAUCACCUCCAUCUCAAAGGAGAACUUUGGGGCGUUUCCCAAACUACAGGCCCUCAAGGCCGGGAACAAUCCAUUUAGUUGCACCUGUGACUCUUACUGGCUUGUGAAUUACCUGAACAAGUCUAUGCUCACUGACUGGCCUUUGGACUAUGUAUGCAACUUCCCUCCAUCACUGACGGGUUUACCAUUAGACAGGUAUGUGCCUGGCGAGGUAUCAUGUCAAAUGUGGCUUCAAGCAACCAUAGCCAUUCCUGUGACAUUCGUCAUCAUUGGCAUCCUGGGCCUCACCUUCCAUGUCUGCGAUGGUGUCUGGUACACAAAGAUGCUGUGGGUGUGGAUCCGAGUGAAACGGAGAGGCAGAAAGAAGGCGGACAGGUUGAAAAACGUGUCUUUUCGCUACCAUGCUUUCGUCUCUUACAGCAACAAGGACUCUUCCUGGGUCGACAGCCAGUUGGUGCCAUCUCUUGAAGGUGUUGGCCUGUCCCUCUGCAUUCACGAGCGUGACUUUGUCCCUGGCGAGUGGAUCAUGGAUAACAUCAUCAACUCUUUGGAGGCCAGCUACAAGACACUAUUUGUGCUCUCCAAAAGCUUUGUCCAAAGUGAGUGGUGCAACUACGAGUUGGUCUUUGCCCAGCAUAAGGAAAUCAGUGUGCAUCAAGACUCCUUAGUCUUUAUCGUACUGGAACCAAUCCCACCUGAGUCCCUGCCCAAAAAGUUUCUUAAACUGCGAAAUUUACUGAGAAAGCAGACAUACCUGGAGUGGCCGAAGGAUGAGUGUAAGAGGUACUUUUUCUGGUCAAGCAUCAAAUCAAUGUUGCAAACUGGAGACAGAAAUAUGGUGCUAAAGGAUGUAGCUGAAGGCAUAGCAGACACCUUACCUCUGCUGAUAGAUGAAGUUUGAGAGUGGUACUCACAAAAACAAUUACAUCAACCAAUAGGUUGAAUUACUUCAAUACAUAGAGAUAAUUUAGAUAUUUUACUUGUUAUUGAGACUUGUGUUGUUUUAAGUGUGCAUGCUGUGUUUGUUUAACCGUGUACAGUGUAUCUGACUAAUGAACAAAAUAAAGA